GUCACUCUAUAAGGAGUGGCUCCAAGAAAUCUGUGAACAAAUGAACGUACCUGAAACAGUCACUGCACACGUUGGUGGCAAUCUCGUCCUGUUCAGUUCCUAUCAUCUGGGAGUUCACUCAAAAGGUGCUGAUAUCGAUGUCCUCUGUGUUGGACCCAGUUUUCUUGAGAGAAACGAUUUCUUCACCUACUUCUUUCAAAAGCUGAAAGCUCAGGAGGAGGUCAACAACAUACGGGCUGUUGAAGAGGCAACUGUUCCGGUCAUCAAGUCUUCCUCUGAAGGAACUGAGGUAAUUUGUUCAGAGAAAAAGUAUAAACUCUCCUGUGUGCAGUAUCCCUCUUUAAGAUUUGUCUGCAUGUGUCUUGAUCAUUGCUACAGAGUCACAGAGGAGAUCCUCAGAGCCGUGCCCAACAUGCACAACUUCAGGCUCACUCUGAGAGCCAUCAGACUGUGGGCCAAACGCCGUAACAUUUACUCCAGCACCCUGGGCUUCCUUGGUGGUGUUUCAUGGGCCAUAAUACUGAUUGCCAGAAUUUGUCAACUAUACUCAAACUCUACAGCGUCCACCCUGGUGACCAAAUUUUUCCUGGCCUACAGUAUAAGGACUUGGCCAACCAUAAUUCAGCUGAACAUACCAGAGAAGUGCAAAUUCAACCUCCCUUUCUGGGAUCCCAGGAUUCAUCCAAGCGACUGCUACCACCUCAUGCCCAUCCUCACCCCAUCAUACCCGGUGCAGAACAGCAUGGUCAACGUGUCUCACUUCACGGUGGCCAUCAUGUCAGAGGAGUUCAAGCGAGGCCACACCAUCACCGAGGAAAUACAACAGAACAAAGCAGAGUGGACCAAACUGUUUGAAACUCCAAACUUCUUUGAGAAGUACCAGUAUGUAUUUUCACAGAAGCUGAAAAUAAGGACAAAAUACACCACUUUGUAA